AUGGCUGCCACACCACCACUUCAGAUUGCCUCUACCCCAGACACUCCUCCAACACCUCUACAUGGUGCGGCCUAUGAUCAUCCAUAUUCUCGUUCCUCGCGACGCACCACCCGAUCGAGUACAAGAAUCGCUUCGAGAGAGCUGCGCUCGACUCCGGAUGCUCCACGCCGGAACUCUCGAGGUGAACCAUCAGUGACAACUCCAAAAUUGUCGAAUCAGUCUCCUUCAGGUCCUACACGAGGCCUUCGCUCGCCGCAAUCAACUCCCCGGCACAAAGCUGAGCGCCGUGUCCAAGUGGUUUCGCCCUCCUCUCCCCGCUCUCAUUCCUCAACUUCCCAACUACCCCCUCCGUCCCAUUCGCACCUUCAACCUCGUCCCUCUUCCUCAACUACAAUAUCUGAGGGUAUGCUUCCCACACCGGUCAAGACUCCCAAGAAGAAAAUGGUGCCCAAAGUGGACAAUGCCGCGAGAGCUCUUUUCCAAGACGCUCGUAGCACUGUUGACCCGGUCAAAGUCGAGCCCACUCCGAAAAGAAAUAGGAAGAACAAACGUUACAAUGGCUUUUCGCUCGAGUCGUUCUCCGAAGAAGGCGAGGAUAAUCGCGGCCAGAUUCAGAUCUUCACCGACUCUCGGGACAAGGUACCACAAGUCGACCCAAGCACCGGUAACCCGUUCAUGGAAGACCGUCCCAACGGUGAGAUGUCACCUAGUCGAAAAAUUGCCGGGACAACAAAGCGACGCAAAAUCAGUGGCGAGAAGAAGCGAGACCCUCAAGUGGAAGAAGCGAUUCGAAAGGAUGAAGGCAUGGUAUACGUAUUCCGUGGCAAGAAAGUCUACCGACGAUUUGAUGAUGCUGAAGAUGAGGAAGAAGAGAUCGAUGCGGAAGAUCUUGGUCUGUCAAGCCACACGCCGAAUGGCUCAUCCGACACACCACUCAAGACUCUCACUCGACGGUCCAUUAAGCCAACACGUCUCUUUCAGACCGAAGGGCAAAAGCGGGCGCGCGAGCUGGAGAAAGAGGAAGAAGCCCCGACAGACAUUGAAGACGAUGUGAACGGAAUCCCAUCGGCGGAAACGAGUAACCUCGACACUGCUGACAGCGUCCCAACUUCGAAGCCAGGUCGGUCUCUCCGCUCGACGGUGAAAGCACCCGCUGUCACCUCCGACGGGGGUGAUAUCGGUAAGAUUGGCGCCAAGUCGAGGAGGAGUAAGAAAUCAAGUCCAUUUGAUUCAUGGCCCAGGGUUAAAUCGGGCUCGCGCACUGUCAGCUCCGCUUCAAAAGGCAGAAAACGAGGGGCAACCGAGACCGUCGAGGAUAAUGUCGAGAUUGAAGGCACUGAAUCGAAAAGACAAAAACCAUGA